CUUGCUCUUGCACUGGUUUCAGAAAGCUUUCAUAACAUAACCUAACUAAUGCCUAAUUCGAAAGUGGUUACAAAAGUUGAAACUAUUCUAUAUUAACUUCUAGUAAAUAUGGCUAUGAACUCUGCACAAGUGAAAGCUCAGCAGAUGCAGUCGAACAUGAAUAAGGCUACUACAAGUGCUCCAGGUUUAAUAAAUUCAAACGGCACAGGAUGGCCCAAAAGAAGAGUUUCUGAUACUUAUACACCUUCAGUAACAACAGCUAUUAAUAAAAUUGUCAAUUUAUAUCCUCUCACUAACUACACAUUCGGAACAAAAGAACCACAAUUUGAAAAGGAUCCAAGUGUACCUGCACGAUUUCAAAGAAUGAGGGACGAAUUUGUAAAAAUAGGUAUGCGUAGGAGCGUUGAAGGAGUGUUACUAGUACAUGAACAUUCUUUGCCUCAUGUUUUGCUACUUCAACUGGGUACAACGUUCUUCAAGCUACCUGGUGGUGAACUCAAUCCAGGAGAAGAUGAAAUUGAAGGGCUCAAAAGAUUAUUAUCAGAGACGUUCGGUAGGAGCGAUGGACCAAAGCAGGAAUGGCUCGUUGAAGACAUUAUUGGCAACUGGUGGAGACCAAAUUUCGAACCACCUCAAUAUCCCUAUAUUCCACCACAUAUUACCAAACCAAAGGAACAUAAGCGUUUAUUUUUAGUUCAGCUUCAAGAUAAAGCUCUUUUCGCUGUACCGAAAAAUUACAAACUAGUGGCAGCUCCACUAUUCGAACUUCAUGAUAAUUCUCAGGGAUAUGGACCAAUUAUAUCGACACUGCCACAAGCCCUUUGCAGGUUUCAGUUCAAUUAUAUGUAAGAAUAUAUGGUAGAUGAUUUACAUGCAUGGAGAAAAUAAUUAUAAAUGGAGAACGAGAAGAAUACCUACUUCCACGAAUGACGAUCAUCUAUGAAGAUAAAUAAGAAUUCAUUGAUUUCAGAAUGAUAUCAAAUUUCUAAUAAAUUUGUAAUAUAUAA